AUGAGUCUGGCCACCACGCUUUCGAAGGGGAGUUUGCAAACUCUCCUCCAGCACGCCACCUUUUUGGAUGGAAUAAAGCUCGCACUCUCUGCAUUUGUGAUCUAUUUCUGCUGCAUGAUUGCAGUAGACUGGGUCGUCUAUGAAUGGAAACGCAAGGCACAUGGGUGUGGCAGGAUCCCUCGGUACCCUCAUCGCGACCCGUUCUUCGGCUUCGAUAUCGUUCUUGGUAUGGCCAAGGCACUGCGCAAUGACUACUUCCUUGUCUGGCUCAACAAAAUCCAUGCGAACUUGCCAAAGACCUUCUUGGUGAACUUCGUUGGCACCCGGUUCAUCUACACUAUCGAGCCGGAGAAUAUGAAGAGUGUGUCCGCCAUCAACUGGCAGGACUUUGCUGUUGGUCCAAUGCGGCGAAAUAACAAGGCGACUGCUCCGUUCGCGGACAAAGGCGUCAACACUGUUGACGGACAUGAGUGGGAAUUCAACCGGUUUCUGAUUAAGCCAUUCUUCAAGCCCGAAACCUUCAGAGAUACCACUCGUCUGACCAUCCAUGUUGACCGAGUUUUGGACCUGUUGCCAGCGGACGGUGAAACAGUCAAUAUCCAGCCACUCAUUCAACGUUGGUUCCUUGACGUGACCACCGAGUCUCUCUUUGGGGAGUCAAUCGAGUCUCUGGUGUAUCCGGAGAGAGCCCCCAUAUGCUGGGCCAUGGUGGACGUUCUCCGAGGUCUCCGACUACGGCUUCAAUGGUACAAGUACAUCUGGCUCUUCCGCCACCAGGCAUGGCUCGAUGCCGUAGAUGUGGUCCACAAAUACCUGAAUGCGCAUAUUGACCGAACAUACAAAGAGCUCGACGACUAUAAGCGCCAAGGAAAAGACUCAGAGACGGCUGAUCGCAAAGACCUGCUAUGGUAUAUGGCGAGCAAUUAUCUGCAAGACAAGGAAGCCCUCCGAUCCCAGAUCUGCUUGAUCUUUGUGCCAAAUAACGAUACGACCUCCAUCUUCAUUAGCCAUGUCUUAUGGAACCUUGCUCGUCAUCCAGAGAUAUAUGAGAAAUGUUGCCAGGAGGUACUCGCGGUUGGCGACGCGGAGUUGACAUUCUCGGUACUGCGAAAUAUGAAAUAUCUCAUCGCCAUCCUCAAUGAGACGCACCGCCUCUUUCCCAACGGCGUGACCCAGGUGCGGAAAUGCAUCCGAGAUACGACGUUGCCCGUGGGCGGAGGUCCUGAUGGCAAGCAACCGAUUUUUGUCCGUAAGGGAGAUGUCCUCCAGGUCAACAAGAAUGUCAUCCAUCGAGACCGCGAUAUCUGGGGCCCCGAUGCAGAGGAAUUCCGGCCCGAACGAUGGGAGAAUUUGCGGCCCUACUGGAACUUUGUUCCCUUUGGUGGAGGGCCGCGUCGUUGUCCGGCUCAGAUGCUGGUGACAGCAGAAGCCAGUUACUUCCUAGCCCGACUGAUGCGCGUGUAUAAACGGAUUGAAGCCCGAGAUCCAAAUCCCUAUGUCGGGGUGAUGCGUGUGGGACCUUCAAAUAAAACCGGCGUGCAAAUCGCGCUGUUCAAGGAGUGA